GGGUAUGAAAUAAUUGUGAUUUCUCAACUAAUUAGAAGUAUUAAUUAUUAUUAUCACCCAACAUGGAUAUGGAAAUAAGAUAGACAUGCUUGGAACAUGGCUCUUGACACAUGAGCCAAAGAAAGGUUCAAAACUUGAUGAUGUUUCAGCUAUGAGAAAGGAGUUAAUUCUUAAGGAGUUAGAUACUUUGAAAGAUGUAGAAGUUGGUGCACCUGCUCGUGAUGAAGUUUUUGAAAAGGUAGUGGGAGAAGACAAAAAAGGGAUAUGCAAAGACCUUUGGUAUGGGAUUUAGAGUUCCUCGAUCUCAUUCUAAACGGGUUCAACGACUAAUCAUUCUGAAAUCAAUGACCUUACAAUUG